AUGGAGGGGCGGGGAGUCUCGAGACCGAGGGGGUGAUUCCGGGAGGGCGCUAACUAAGGGGCGGCCUCGGGAUCUUAAAACGCCUGGCACGAAGUUGGCUGAGCAGAUGCAAUGACGCGAUGGUCUUUGUGGCCCUGAGGCCUUUGCAAUGCUCCCUUAGAAAUUCCCACGGUCUGGGAGGCUGGAAGAGGAUCGCUAGGAGAUGGCAGACGCCCCUGGAUGUGAUAAGAGACAAAACGUGUUGAGACUUGUAGGCCGUGAACAUUGCAUUACAGAGAAAGAGAAACACAACCAUUCAGAGUGGCCCCUAUACAGUAACCUCACAUAAACUUUGCAUUCUAAUAACAGGACAGGCCGACACCAGAGAACUAGAGAGGCCCACCUCCCACUCCUUUCUUCCAAGCUGUGCCAAAGGGAGGAUGAGCCUGAUGGGCAGAAUUCGAAUGAGCUGGACAGCGCUGUGAAGGAGCUGCAGGCAGCCCCCAGAGCCUUGAGAUGGCACCAAAAACCAAGAAGGGAUUGAAAGGUUCCAUCGAUGAUGUCCUUGGUGACCUCCUGGGAGAUGAGACGACACCGCCUGAGAAGCCUGUUAAACUAGCUUCACGUGCCAGAGACGCCACAGGUGCAGCUCAGGCGCUCCCUCCCUCAAGGGCUAGAGCAAAGUCCCUCUUGGAAGAUGAUGCCUUCAGCACCAGGGCAGGCCUGGCAGGAGCUGAUGCUGAGGUUUCAGACAUCUCCGAUGCAGACCCGCAGGCUCUGCUCCAGGCCAUGAAGGAUCUGGAUGAAAUGGAUGCUGACCUCCUGGGUCUGAAGAAGUCUAAUCUAGCCUCAAGCAAAAGGUCUGCAAAGGGUUCUGGGAAAGAAGAGCAGCCUAGUCCUCAUAAACCUGCUGGUGUGUUAACAGCCAAUGAGAAACGAGAUGCCAUUCCCACCAAGAAGCUAUCUCCCUCUCCCACCAGCCUUGGGCAUCAGUACAGGAAGUUCUCCUUCGAAGACUUGGAAGACCCGUUGGCAGGACUUCUCUCUGAUGAUGAGGAAGGAAUCGCCAAGAAGCUGCCGGAGACGAAGAGUAAAACAGCUUCCGUAAAGAGCCCAGCCCCGGCCAGAGAUCAAGCGCCCUCUAUCACUCUAACUCCUGGGAACACUCCAGUCCGAAAGAAAGAAGAGUUGCUCUUUGACGAUGGGGACGACAUCAUGGCCACCCUGGGGUUUGGAGACAGUCCCAAAGCAGAGAGGAGGCACACGGGAGACCAGGAAGGGCCCCUCCCUGCCCGCUCCAAGCUGGAUGAGCUGCUGGGUCGGGGCACUGCCGCCAAACUCCUGGCCCGUCCGGGCACCAGGGAGCACAGGGAAUUCAAGCUGGACAAGAAGUAUCAGCGGCCACAGGACAAAGAAGACCCCGGGGGUGAUGAGAACUUCACCUUUGGGGCCUAUCAGCCCACCGUGGGCUCCUCCGAGGGCCGGCAGUCCCGCCGGCAGUCCGUCAGGUUCUUUGAAGGCGGCACAGACCCCAAGGGAGAACCAGGCUCCAGACAGAGCACCCCAGCAGCAUCCAGCCCUACCCAGCCCAGGAGGGGAGGUGCUGACUGGCUGGGCCUCAAGGACGAAGGCCUGGACCUGCUCCCUACCUCCCCGACCAGGGAGGCUCGGAGGGGCCCCCCUCCCGCCAGCCAGCAUUCUGCUCCCAGCCACCACUCUGCCCCGGCCGGGCUGCCCUCCUUGGGGGCACAGCCACCAACCGAGGGUACCGGUUCUCCUGCCGAAGGCAGCCAGCCUUCCCAGCCAGGAGCGUCUGGGAAGAAGGAGGAGGACUGGCUGAGCCAUGCCCUGUCUCGGAAGAAGUCCCAAGGUCUGUCCGGAGAGGAGCACGACGCAGCCUGUAAGGGCCAGCACUCGGUAGGGGCGCUGCCUUCCGACAGCCAGCCUACUGCCGGCACCCAAGGGCUCGAGCCAGCAGCCGCCGGGGGGACCCCAGGCACGGCAGCACCGAGGCCGCCUGCCCGGCCUGCCGCCUCAGGGUCCCCCGUGACUUGGAAGCCCGCUGCCUCGGCCCUCCACGCGGGUGACCCAAAGAGGGGAGCAGCCCCUGGAGAUUGCUCCGGCACUGAGCCUGCAAUUGGUUUCCCAAGCUCCCAGGAAGCCCCAGGGCUCUCUGUGCCUGUCCAGUCCCUGCUCCCAGAGUCCCUGGCCUGGAGCCUGCUGCCCGGCUCCGAGUACCAGCAGCAGCUUCUGACGGCACAGGCUCAGCUUCAGAGGGGCACUGCCGAGCUCCAGGCCGACCUCCUGCAGAGCCAGGCCCGGCUGGCGGAGCUCGAGGCCCAGGUGCGGAAGCUCGAGCUGGAGCGGACGCAGCACCUGCUGCUGCUGGAAAGUUUGCAGCAGAGGCACCAGGCAGACCUGGAGCUCAUCGACAGCGCCCACAGGAGCCGAGUCAAGGUGCUAGAAACAUCGUACCAGCAACGGGAAGAGCGUCUGCGGAGAGAGAACGAGGAGCUGUGUGCCCAGUAUCUGUCGCGCUGCCAGGAGGCUGAGCAGGCCCGCGCCGAGCUCACAGCCCAGCACCAGCGGCGCUUGGCGGCCACCGUGCAGGAGAAGGACCAGGAGAUGGAGCGGCUCCGGGAGCUGCAGCGGGCCUCCAUCCUGGAGAUGCGCAAGGACCACGAGGAGCAGCUGCAGCGGCUGAAGCUGCUGAAGGACCGGGAGAUCGACGCCGUCACCAGCGCCACCUCCCAUACGCGGUCCCUGAAUGGCAUCAUCGAGCAGAUGGAGAAGUUCUCCAGCAGCCUGCACGAGCUGUCCUCCCGCGUGGAGGCCUCGCACCUCAGCACUGCCCAGGAGCGGGAGCUGGGGAUCCGGCAGCGAGACGAGCAGCUCCGAGCGCUGCAGGAGAGGCUGAGCCGGCAGCAGCGGGACAUGGAGGAGGAGCGGGGCCGGCUGCAGGAGGUCAUCGGGAAGAUGGAGGCGCGCCUGGGCGAGCAGAGCCGGCUGCUGGAGCAGGAACGCUGGCGGGUGAACGCCGAGCAGUCCAAGGCCGAGUCCGCGCAGCGCGCUCUGGAGGAGCAGAGGAAGGUGGUGGCCCAGCAGAUGGCCGUGGAGCGGGAGGAGAUGGAGAGGGCCAGGAGUGCCCUGCUGGAGGAGCAGAAGUCCGUCAUGCACAAAUGUGGGGAGGAGCGGCGGCGCCUGGCGGCCGAGUGGGCCGAGUUCUGUGCACAGCAGAAGCUGAGUAAGGAGCGGGCCGAGCGUGCGGUGGAGCGGGCGCUGCAGGUGGACACCCAGCGGGAGGGCACCCUCGUCAGCCUGGCCAAGGAACAGGCAGAGCUGAAGCUCAGGGCAAGUGAGCUCCGGGCCAAAGAGGACCAGCUGGCGGCCGAGAGGGAGGCUCUGGAACAGGAGCGCCGGGAGCUGCGGCUGGAGAAGGAGAGGGUCAGCGCCGCCGCCCAGCGCAUCAGGCUGCGCGCUGAGGAGGUGGAGAGCAUGAGCCAGGUGGCCUCGCAGAAGUACGAGGAGGGGGAGCGGGCCCUGCGCGAGGCCCGGCAGGUGCAGGCGGAGCAGCAGGCCCGGCUGCAGCUGGUGCAGCGGCAGCAGGAGCAGCUGCGGCAGCAGGAGCGGCACGUGCACCAGGAGAAUCUGAGUCUGGCCCAGCAGCGGCUGCAGCUGGAUCGUAUCCGACAGGACCUGCCCUCCGGGCCCGUGGGGCUGCUCUCCAGGGCCCAGGGCUCGGCAGCCUCUGGUCUGAGUGCCAUCAUGGCUCCUGUUCCCCCGGCUCCUCAGUGCAGCCAGCUGCCAGCCAGCCUGGGCCCCUCGCACCUCUACGCCAAGCUGGUGCUGCUGAAACACACAGCUGAGCAGGACCGUGACUUCCUGGAGAACGAGCAGUUCUUCCUGGAGACCCUGAAGAAAGCCUCCUACAACGUGACGUCGCAUUCAGCCUGAAGGCCCCACUGCCUCCUCAGCAGAGGCCUGACUCUAGAACCGUCCCACUGCCCACUGGCCUCCAGCGCCGAGCAGGGGGGCCAGCCCAGGGCCUGAUUACAGCUCUUCCUGUGGACAGGGUGCCAGCGCGUUCUUUCCGACACUCCGGCCCGUGCGGAGGCAGGCAGGCGCCCCCGUGCCUCUCAGACUCCCCAGGAGGCAGCAGCCUCUGGGGACACGCGAGGCUGAGGACAUCUCAGCCCCACGACACCGUCAGCGACGGCAUCGGUGCUCCAGCCCCGCAGACGUCCGGCUCAGGGCCCAGCGUCUGACUGGGCUCUGUGGGCCCCUCGGCCCCUCAGCCCAUCGAUGGUCUGGGGAUCUUUUCGCCUGGGCCUCUUCUGAGGCGGGGGGUCUUCUCGACUCCCUUGCCACAAGGAGUCUGCUGCCCUCCCUGCCUGAGAGGCCAGCAGAGGGAGCGCCGGGUCUCCUCCCUGAUGGGGACAUAGAGUCAGGCCGCAAAUUUUCAAGAGCCUUCUAGCCUCCUGGCCAAGGGAGUGGGAGGUGCUGCAGGGGCAGGAAGGGCGCUGUGCCCAGAGGCUUUUACCUCACAGACUGACCUGCCCUUGGGACUCAGCCAGCCCUUCUUGCUCCCAAGCUGGCACACAAAGCCCCCGCCUUGUUCCCAGCUGCCGCGGCAGCGGACUCACCAGCACAGACGCUGGCCUCAUCGGCGUCUUCUAAUGCGCUCCGCAGAGGCAAAGAGGGGGCUGCGGGUGACAGUGAGGUGUGGGGAGGGACAGAAGGCUUUUCUCCAUGCUGUUCACUUGCCACAAAACCCCGGCCAGUGGGAACAAAGAUGACAGAGCAAGAGCCCCUGCCUUGGAGGAUACAGAGCGCCGAGGACCAUGAGGGGCCGCACCCCGGCUGCUGUCCCGGGUGGGGGGCUCCGCCCUUCUCCACGUGUGGGCAGAGGGCCAAGGCCGGCCAGAGGGGUGCCAGGAGAGGGGUGGGAGGAUUGGUAGUUGUCUCCUGCAGACCCAAGGACUCAACUAAUAAAAUCACAAUUAACCUCUAGAGCGGCUUCUCUCACCUCCCAUCAGAGGGGACCGUCUGGGGAGCAGGAAGGUGGUGGAGGAGAGGGUAGUGCCGAGUGGGGUGUGAGCGGGCACAGGUGCAUCUCUGCUCUGUUAGAGCAGCUUGCAGAGGGAGCUCAUUUAUAUACAGCCUCUUGGACCCACUAAAUUGCUAUGUUCUUUUUCUUUUUUUUGGCCGUGAGGCUUGUGGGAUCUUAGUUCCCCAACCAGGGAUUGAACCCGGGCCCUCAGCAGUGAAAGCUCAGAGUCCUAACCACUGGACUGCCAGGGAAUUCCCUAAAUUGCACUAUUCUUAAUGAUUGGAUUCUUAGAAUCUGCCAUGGCUCAUCAGAGUUUGAACCUAUUUCUUGGAAAUGUUUGCUCUGUAGGGCUGUUAUUUGCUGUAAUAACUCUCCAGCCCCAUACUCCCCUGGCUGGACCACAAGCAGGAGAAGGGUGCGAUUAUCACCCCUACUUCGCAGAUGAAGGGACUGAGACUCAGAGGUUCAAUAAUCUGCCGAAGGUGACGCAGCAAACAGCAGAACCUGGAUUUGAGUUCUGCUUGGACAGAUUCCAAAGCCCCAGGCGCUCAGCCACAUCACUGCUAGCUCCUUCUAGAAAAGCUGCUGCACACGGUGCUUCUGUGAAGUAGAAGAUCCCCGAGCCGCUGCGUGGGGUGGUGCCCACACAGAGGAGGGAAGCAUUCGCGUCCCAUUAGAAGCCUUGUCGAAGCUUGGAAUUCAAUCCUCUCAACACACACUUAACGAAUUCCCACCUGUGUGAAGGGCCGGAGGUGGGUCUAAGGUUGGGCCCAGCCUGGGAGCAGCUGGCAUUUAAGCAGUCACCUGACAGAUAUGUGGGCGAUCACAGGCACAUAUUGGGGGAGGGUGCAGGGAGACCCAACAGGAAUGAGUUUAGAAUUAGGGGGCAGGUCGACGAGGCUCUGUUUACCUUGUUAAAGUUUGAAUUUUUAUCUUCAGGGCAAUGGGUAUUCAUUGAAGGGUUUGUUGUUUUGUUUGUUUGUUUGUUUUUGCGGUACGCGGGCCUCUCACUGUUGUGGCCUCUCCCGUUGCGGAGCACAGGCUCUGGAUGCGCGGGCUCAGCGGCCAUGGCUCACGGGCCCAGCCGCUCCGCGGCACGUGGGAUCUUCCCGGACCGGGGCACGAACCCGUGUCGCCUGCAUCGGCAGGCGGACUCUCAACCACUGCGCCACCAGGAAAGCCCCAUUGAAGGGUUUUAAACAGGGUGGAACCAUCUUUGUGUUUUAGAAAAAGUACUGUGGCUCUGGGUGGAGAACAGACCAACCGGAGUGGGGCAAGAGUGCGGGCAGGGAAGCGGGCAGAAGGCUGUCUGCCGUGGUAUAGGGGAGACGGGACAGUACAGCACCGGGCGUGGCACUGAGGGACCUGGUGCCUGACAUGCAGGCAGGGUCAGGAAGGAAGAUGUGUCGAGGACGACCCCCAGGUUGCUGUCCUGGGCAACUGGGUGCCCAUGGAACAGCCAAGUAGACACGUUCCACGGCCACUUAGUUACGGUGACACAUCACCCAGUGCCUGUAACUGCUCUGGAUCCCUGUCACUGGCGUUGAGGUGUGGCAGGUGGCUUACACACCCCCUUUUCAUUAACGUUCUCCCACGCCACAGGUGGAAGACGGCUGCACACAGGAGUGAGUGUUAACGUAUCUGCUGAUCUUUCUUUUUCCCUUCAAAAUUAUAAACAACUCCUCAAGGUCAUAAACCCAGAUGUUCCCUGUAGAAAGAGAAAUAUUGGUGGAAAGUAAUGAUGAUCAAAGACACUGGCUGGACUAAUACUUCCAGUUUCAAGAGUUAUUCAUGUUUAUUAUUUGCCUCAAGUUGAUACCAGUGGGAAUCCCUGCUAGGCCUUUCAAACAGUUAAAAUCCCAGCAAGCCCCAUUCUUAGAGGGUUCUAGGACAGCGAGAGAACAGGAGUGUUUUUCAAAAGUAAGGAAUAAUGGACAAAUAACAGUCAUCUGAUUGACUAGCAAGCCCUGUGCCUCUGCCCCGGAGGUCCCAUGAGUCUUCAUCUCUAGAGGGGCAGGCUGGGGUGGGGGUGGGUUUAGAGGCAUGUAGAAGAGGAUUCAGAAACAAAAGGAGAAGAUAAAAUAGCAAAGGAGGCCAGAUUCAAACACACGCAGGACAUCAAGCAUACAGGAACCCCUGUGCUCCUCCCGGCCUGAGGCACAGUCCUGGUCUGCUCACAACCUUCAGCUCUGCUCUUCCAUCAGCAGAAUUUCACAAAUUAAUAAGCAGUGCCUCCAGGAACUUCCCUGGGGGGUCCAGGGGUUAAGACUCCACGCUUCCACUGCAGGGGGUAUGAGUUAGAUCCCCGGUCGGUCGGGGAACUAAGAUCCCACAUGCCACACGACGCGGCCAAAAUAAUAAAAUAAGUAACAUCUGAAUAAAAAUGAAAAUAUUAAAAAUAAGCAAUGACUGGGUCUUACGGGCCUUAACGUACAGUAGCUGCGCACUGAUGGGUGAGUUGGCAGUGACAGUGGGUUUAGCUGUUUGGUUGCUGUUUAUGAAAACCAAAUUCAAGGUGUGGCCACUUCCUGCUGAAUUAAGAGACCCCGCCCCCCCAUGCCAUUUCAGUGUGAAUGUGAGGGUCAAGCUUCUGCUAGUACCAGAGCAACUGAAUGGGUCAGCAGCCCUGGUUGAGACAUCAGGGAAGGCGUCCUGGAGGGACCACUUCACGGGGCCUAGGAGGUAGCCAAGCAACAGGGGGAAAGGUAAGGAGUGCAAGGCAGAAGAAACAGCAUGUGCAAAGGUCCGGUGCCAGGGGGAGAAAAGUGCUAAGUAAGUGAAAAAUGUGAAACCGAGUCCCUGUAAAACCAUGUUCCCUUACCGAGUUUAUGAUUAAUCUCUCUAUCCAAAACUUUAUUCCCUUUCUUAUCCCCUCUGAUCUCAAUCCUGUGCUAACUGAACAGUAACCAACCAGAGUCAGAUGACUAAAACUGCUGCUGUUGAUAACAUCGUUAAUGUACUAAAAUUGCUAUUAUUAUAGAUAUCUCUAUUCAUGUGCAAACUCAGGCCGUUUCUCCAGGGCAAGAUGAGCUCACAGACCCCCAAGCCAUGGACUACCUGGCCAGAGAGUCGUAAACCAGAAACAUCCUGAUUCCCAAAACUUUGAUUAAGAAAUGUAGGGACUAAAAAAUAAAAAAAUAAAUAAAAAUAGAAAAUAAAAAAAAAAGAAAUGUAGGGACUUCCCUGGUGGUCCAGUGGUUAAGACUUCGCCUUCCAAUGCAGGGGGUGCAGGUUCCAUCCCUGGUCAGGGAGCUAAGAUCCCAAAUGCCUUGCAGUCAAAAACCAAAACAUAAAACAGAAGCAAUAUUGUAACAAAUUCAAUAAAGACUUUAAAAGUGGUCCAUAUUAAAAAAAAAAUGUCAAAAAAUGAUGAUUAACCCCAGCUUCCUUUUUCCUCCCCUAAAAAAACCCCCACAAAACAAAACUCAAAGACCAAGUUGGGGUGGAUCUGAGGUUUGUCUCCCACUCCCUUGCUUGGUGUCCUGC